AUGCGUGAAUGUGUGUUUGUAGUGGAGGAAGAGAUCUUAGUGGCAACAAGAGAACUAACUCGGUUCAGUCUUCUGACCAAAUGUUUACAAAGUCAAACGAAGCCCUACGACUUAGCUGCAAAAUGGGCUAUCCUGUCCGAGUUGUCAGGAAAGCGAUCAGCGUAUGCCCCUGGGACGAAAGUAGUGAGAUACGAUGGUGUUUACCGAAUAGAGAAAUGCUGGAGGAAAAUCGGAAUUCAGGGUAAAUAUAAGGUCUGUCGUUACCUGUUUGUGAGGUGUGAUAACGAAGCAGCACCAUGGACCAGUGAUGAGCAUGGUGAUCGUCCGAGAGUCUUGCCUGAUAUUCCAGAGCUUAAGAAGGCCACCGACCUGUUUGAGAGAAAGGAAACUGAAACUCCUUCAUGGGGUUUUGAUGAAUCUGAGGGUCGCUGGAAGUGGAUGAAGGCUCCACCUGCGAGCAGAAAGUCGGUUGAAGCUUUGGAUCCUGAGGAGAGGAGGAGUCUUAAGAGAGCCAUAAAGGCGCGUAGCCACUCUGUGAAGGAUAAACUUCGGAAAGAAUUUAGCUGCCGGAUCUGCCGUGAAGUGAUGAAUGCUCCGGUGACAACUCCUUGCGGGCACAACUUCUGCAAAGGUUGCUUGGAAGGGAGGUUCGCAGGGGUCUCACAUUUGAGAGACAGAAGCAGAGGCGGACGCACACUUCGUUCUCAGAAGAACGUCAUGAAGUGCCCUUGCUGCCCAACAGACAUCUCUGAGUUUCUUCAAAAUCCAGAGGUGAACAGAGAAGUGAUGAGUGUGAUAGAGGCGCUGAAGGAGAAAGUGGAGGAGCCAACACCAGAGGAAGAAGGUGAAGAAAGUUCUGGAAACCCAAGUGAAGAGAACGUGGAAUCCUCUGAAGGUGGAAGCAUGGAGUCUGAAGAAGGAGAAGAGGAAUCUCAGAUGGUUGGGUGUGAAGAUGAGCCACCAGCUAAGAAGAUGAAGCUCGAUGCUGAGCAAGGAGCAGUCACUGUGACUGUUUAA